UCCACUAGCGGAAGCAGACGACUGCUGUCAGCUAUCCACUGUAAAUUAUAUUGGAUAUCUAAAUGAGGAUCUGUGGGCUUGUACAUAGGGAACAAACAAAUAUUCAUCAUGGUGUUUCAGCAUUAGUGUGUCUUUCAGACGAUACCCGAAGGAAUAUCCAUUCCGUGACGUUCCUUUUGCCCAGGUGCUGAAAUAAGGUGUGAAUGACCGACGUAGUGCCCCCCACUGCGCUCAGCAAAGUCCAGCUCCGCCUCCUUUGCCACGAUGACAUAGACAGUGUCAAGCUGCUCUGCGGCGAUUGGUUUCCCAUUGAGUACCCAGACUCAUGGUAUCACGAUAUCACCUCCAACAAGAAGUUUUUCUCCCUGGCCGCCACCUUCAAAGACGGCAUUGUGGGAAUGAUCGUGGCUGAAAUCAAGGGGCGGACAAAAGUACACAAAGAGGAUGGAGACAUCCUGGCCUCCAGUUUCCCUGUAGACACUCAGGUCGCCUACAUUCUCAGUCUGGGAGUGGUCAAGGAAUUCAGAAAACAUGGGAUAGGCUCUCUACUGCUGGACAGUUUGAAGGAGCACAUUUCCACCAUGGCUCAGGAUCACUGUAAGGCCAUCUACUUACAUGUGCUGACCACCAACAACACUGCCAUCCAUUUCUAUGAGAACAGGGACUUUCGGCAACACCACUACCUACCCUACUACUACUCCAUACGCGGCGUGCUCAAAGAUGGAUUCACAUAUGUGCUCUAUAUAAAUGGAGGACAUCCGCCCUGGACUAUAUUUGACUACAUCCAGCACAUUGGUUCAGCCCUGGCCAGCCUGAGCCCUUGCUCUAUUCCCCAGAGGCUGUACCGCCAGGCCCAGUCCCUGCUGCGCAGUUUGCUGCCCUGGUCCAACAUCGCCUCCAAGACCGGCAUACAGUACAGCAGAACCAUGUGACACACCUGGCAUGCAGUGCAGUAUGAUGUUUCCCACCAGUCUUCCCCUGUGCACACAGGACCACCAUCACACACUCCCAUCCCUGCAAAGACUAAGGGUUCAAACCCUGCCUCUCUUCCUACCCAGUUCAACCACCAACUAUGUAUUAUAGCUGUACAUUUCAUAUAUAAUCUUAAUAUAAAUCCACACAUAUAUAUAUAUGUGUAAAAGCUGUCAGUAGUUGGCCCCUUUGCCCUUCUGUGUAGACUAAAAUGUCUACCAGGGUUUAAGUCAAUUCCAUUCCCACUCACUAAGCUAAAAUUGGAAAGAGCUGUUUGUCAAAAGUCUAAUUAUAAAAAUCUAAGUUAAAUGGGAAGCUUAUGUUUAUUCCAGUUUUUGCUCUGAGAGGAAAUGGAAUUGACCCCAACCCUGCAGUCUAUUUCAUGUCUGUAAUUUUGCUGCUAAUGUAGAGAACCAGGGUUUGGUUUGUCCAGAUUUUUAAUAUAGUUGAGAUUAGAUUUUUAUGUAUGCCUGUUUAUAAUAGAAUUUCAAAAAGAUAAGUUUAUAAUGGUAGGUGAAGUCCCAUUACUAGAUGAAUGCCCUGUGUGUAUGUGCGUGCAUGCAUGUUUGUGAGUGAGUGUGUGUGUGUGUGCUUGUGAGUGUGUGUGUGUUAUAAAGAUUGUGAGUGUGUAUGCACGUGAAAAGUAUGACUGUUUUUUAAAGGUGUCUCCAAACACUGGUCUGUGGUCAACCUGGUCUCCAGUCUAAUUGUGGGGCAGGUUAAAGUCUAAGGGGAUAGGCUGCUCCUGGAUCUGUGUUCUGUGGCAGCUUUCACCCCUUUCAUCCUCAACCAUCUGCCCCGUGAGAUUGUUUUAUAAUGCAACCUACAGCCUUGGUUCUGAUACAUGCCAUUAUUGUUUCUACAAUUCACAGCUCUGUGGAGUAAAUGUAAUGUUUCUGAAGGGAAUUGGGAAGUGUUCUUGGAAUAGUGAAUGUAAAAUUGAACCAGUAAGGUAAAUGCCCGAAGGUCUCUUAGUCCGUCUCCCUUGUCAGUCCAUACUGUCUAUUCUGUGCCUGUUUGUGAAGAUUUGCAGGGUGUUUUUUCCCAGACCCAGCACCUACACACCUGAUCCAAAUGUUUAUAUUGGUACAUUUGAUUGGUUAAGCGACGAAAAUAAUCAAGGGCUUAAUGAUUGUGAAUAGGAAGGCCCACAAUCAGGUUUGGCAGGUCUGUGUCAGCGUAACAAUUUUAAUAUCCUCCAUGUUAUCAGAAUCCCAACUGAAGAAGACUAAAUAACUGACAGUUCAAAAGGUGAUCAUGGAUUGGGGGCGAAGUCUGCAAUGAGUGUGGCCUAGAAAACACCCCAAUUUAACUACAGCCAAAUAUGGGCCAACUACUGUGCAAUAGCUGUCAUUUAAAUGUGUAAUUUGAGAGGUACACAUUGUGUUCACUUGGAUGUAGGUAAUGAACAUGAAAAUACUAUGUAAUUUUCUCAGUUAUUGGUCAUGACAUGAGGGGAUUUUAAAGUAAGGUUUGUGAUUUUACCUUUUCAACUGUUUCUUUUACCUGAUUUGUUGUUUUUUUAUAACUGCCGUCUUUAAGUGUAAGUAAGACGAGGAUAGGACACUGCAUGAAACACUGGUAUUUCAGCCCUGUGAAAGCCUGCCACCUUCACUAAAUCCCAACAGUUACAGUCUGUGAAGUCCGCGUUUGCCUGUGCCAUAAAUUGUCAAGAACGGACCAUUGGAGGGGGCGGAGGUGUGAAUCUAACUAGAAAGGCCGGAGUCUGUGUGUCUGUCUGUGACUUGAUUAUCUCGAGAACCGGGCAUCUUACAAAAUUGAAUCCCGCCAGGUGUAUUGCCCUGGACCCAAGGACGAGCAGUGUCGACCUUGAAGUUGUUUGAAUGAGCAGUUUGUGACAAAUAAAUAUAACCAUGUUUGCCUCCA